AAUGUUGCUGGCUUGCUUCCGGAGGCGAAGAAGGAUUUCCCCAAAUAUUCCCCGCAUAUCCCGAGAGUUUCCCUGUUGACUACUCAGCCAAAUCAAGAUGCCUGAAAUAGUCUGCUGUUUAAUCUUUGUUUGAAAAGGCACGUAUGUUCUUGAUAACGAAACUGCCGAUACGCUGUGCACCAGCAGUUUCCACUUCCGUCUGGCGAUCAUAGCAACUUGCGGCGAACGCCGGGACCUGAUCGGAUUCUCUGCGGGUGAAUUAUGUUUGGAGCCCGCAGCGCUUUGCGAAGGCUUGGCUAUGCAGGUGGUCGCAGUAAGCACACCCUGCCUGACCUCCCGUACGACUACAAAGCUUUGGAGCCCAUCAUUUCGGCAGACAUUAUGCACGUCCAUCACGACAAGCACCAUGCUGCCUACGUAAACAACCUCAACGCUGCUGAGGAGAAGAUGUCGGAAGCACUGGCCAAGAAGUGCACCCAGAGCAUUAUCUCAGCUUCAGUUGCAAUCAAAUUCAAUGGUGGUGGGCACCUGAACCACAGCAUCUACUGGACCAACCUGUCCCCCAAUGGCGGUGGGGAACCCAAAGGUGACCUGCUGGAGGCAAUCAAAAAGGACUUCGGGAGCUUCGAGUCCCUCAAGUCCAUAAUGUCAGCUCGCGCAGUCGGAGUGCAGGGCUCUGGCUGGGCCUGGCUUGGCUACAACCCCAAGACGCAGAGGCUACAAGUGGCCAACACCUUUAAUCAGGACUCUCUUAUUGACACAGAAGGGCUGGUGCCCUUGUUCACCAUUGACGUCUGGGAGCAUGCGUACUACCUGCAGUACAAGAAUGUGCGACCAGACUACGUCAAGGCCAUCUGGGACAUUGCCAACUGGGAAAAUGUUGCCGAAAGGCUGCACAAGGCACGCAGCCAGUGAAACAAGCACUUUUGAUUUCUUGUCUAAUGAAUAAAUACAUAGUGUGGAGUAACUGUAGCACCCACGUGUGCCAUUUCGCUUCUCGUGCUGUGUGCAACGUGGGAACUGGGAACAUGCUUACUAAUUAAUGGUGUGCAUAUGUCACUUAAACAGAAGCCAGUAUAACGUAUCAUGAACACCUGCACCAUUUCUGCAUGAAACAAACUUUCUUCUAUACGAUGCCAACAUGGAACCCAUCAAAAGAACUUCAAUAUUGCUUGUGCGCACUUGGGGAUGUGGGUUUUCUAAUGGGUCAAAACAGACGAAAUAUACGCAGCUAUUGCCCUCGACUGUUCUGUGCAUGUCAAAAUGGUAUUGAAACUGUGCCGCAGCUUGGUAUCCACACUUAGGCUUUGCUCACAGCUGAUUAAGCUCGCAAAUAGCUUUGCAAAAUAAGCUUUUAUAAGCUCUAUAGCCUACAAUUGCUUUCAGCAUCAAGCUGGCCAUAUGCUCGCUCUUUAUACAUUCUACAAAGCAGGCUGCUCACUGUUAUACUUGAGGAGGCCAUUUGGUAUGUUCAAGCAAAACUGUUCAAACAAAAUACUGUUUCACCAAAUUUGCAAGUAGCCAUGGCAUGAACCCACCAUAAGAGCCUAUAUCACUUCACAGAUUCACCGCUGCAAAAAUUUUUAGAAUCCGUCCGGUACAAGUGAAAUCGCAGAGUUGUCCCCCGCUGCAAUUGCUUUCUCUCGUCCUGACGAAAAUGCUGGAAGCUAAGUAGAGAGAGAUGGAAUGGGGUAAGAAAAUACAUCAUGUGUAUCUCUUGACCUUAAGCAUUUUUCUUUUUUUAUAUGUAUUUUUAAGUGCGCAGCUUUUUAGUGCAACCACGCGCGGACAGCUCGCGGCCUCUGGUGGGGGCCCCAGCAACUUCAGAGUGCACUAUGCUCAAAUUGACCAAUUGCGUGUUAGUGGCCUGCGACCCACUGUUGAGUAUGUAGUAUCAUUUGUUGAGCUGAUUAUGCUCGAAAAGUGUUGCAAGGCCACUUUAUACAUUAAGGGGAGAUGCGGGUUGAGAAACGAGAGUUGUCUAUCUAAAAAAUUAUUUUCUCGUUUUCACCUGUGUUGUUGAGAUUGGUACCUCUGCUGUUCUCGGAGUUUGUAGCGAUCCUUGAAAACCCUUAAAUUUCGAAAUGGCAUUUUCAAGGCCUUGAAAACUUAAAUUUGUUUGAGGUCCUUAAAAGUUCUGGAAUUUUGUCAAUAAAGUUCUUUAAGGCAUAA